AUGUUCCAAUUCUCGUCCUUUGUCCAAAAGGCUCAGUCGUUCAUUGACCCCGCGAAUUUCAGCCUCCCGACGAUAUCGUCCUCCGAUCGCAACCCCUCCAAAGCCUCUCUCUUCCGCCAGCAGUUUCGCCUUCCAGAUUCCCAAAACCCGCUACAAGAGAUUACUGCAGACUUGAUCCUUCCGAUUCCCAGGCCGCCUGCAACAAGUACCCAUGGAGAACGCUCUCGGGAAGCAGACCGGGCUGGCAACCGCUAUACCGGUCGCCUGCAUUUGAGUGAGCGCUUCCUCUGUUUUUCCACCCAGCCAACCAGUUUUAUACCCUCUGCCAGUCACAGUUUGUCGACGACAUUUACUGGGCAAACUCAUGGCACCGGCCCGUCUGGAAAUGGCUUCACAAUUCCGCUGUGUUCCAUUCGCCGUGUGGAACGAUUGAAUAGUCUCAGCCAUGUCUUUUCUCUCGCUUUAACAACUUGGAACGGGGCUUUGGGGAAACAUUCCACUAAAGAUGGUUCCUUCGUCGCCCAACGAUUCACUCUUCAGUUGGUUGGUAGCAGGCAGGCCUGCGAGCGUUUUUGCGAUGGGUUGAAGAAGGUGCUGAGAGAGAGUAUCAAGGAGAUCGACCAGCUUCGUGCUGUGGUUCUCGAGGAGUACUCUGAGUACCUCCUCACAAUGCCUCCCAAGGGCAAAGAGGAUACCGAAAGUGAAGCAAGACAGCCACCUGACGCCGGUCUUGGUAUGGUUUUCCGGUAUCCCGGAGAUGCUCGCAAGCUUAGAGAUCGGAGCAAGAUGCGCUUGUGGGCUGAAUACUUUAGGGAGAAUGGACGCAAUGCGACCCUGAUCCGACAACCGACGUUUCAUAAGCUAAUCCGCGUCGGCUUGCCCAAUCGGUUGAGAGGAGAGGUCUGGGAAGUGGCUUCUGGGUCUCUUUACCUUCGACUGAGAUCCCCGAAGCUCUUCGAAGAGACCCUGGCUAAAUUUGCUGGCCGGGAAUCUCUAGCCAUCGACGAGAUUGAGAAGGAUCUGAAUCGCAGUCUCCCAGAGUACCCCGGCUUUCAGAGCGAGGAGGGCAUUGGACGCUUGCGAAGAGUAUUGACUGCAUAUAGCUGGACUAAUGAGUCAGUAGGCUACUGUCAAGCAAUGAACAUAGUGGUUGCAGCCUUAUUAAUAUACAUGUCAGAGUCACAAGCGUUCUUUUUGUUAUCGGUGCUUUGUGACCGUCUUCUUCCUGGUUACUACUCAACAACCAUGUAUGGAACACUCUUGGACCAGAAAGUGUUUGAAUCUUUGGUUGAAAAGACGAUGCCGGUCCUCUGGGAACACCUAGUCAAAUCCGACGUACAGCUAUCCGUCGUAUCUCUACCAUGGUUCCUUUCUCUUUAUAUAAACUCCAUGCCUUUGGUAUUUGCUUUCCGGGUGCUAGAUGUGUUCUUCCUCGAGGGCCCGAAAGUGCUGUUUCAAGUCGGCCUGGCUAUCCUGCGUAUCAAUGGCGAAGAACUAUUGGAUGUGCAGGAUGAUGGCUCUUUCAUAUCGAUUCUCAAGUCGUACUUUUCUCGCUUGGACGAAUCAGCUCACCCCCGCUCUGAGAACCCGAAGCUUAGAGCCAUUACUCGUUUUCAGGAACUGAUGGUGGUGGCUUUCAAGGAGUUCUCGGGGAUUACUCACAAUGAGAUUACUGAGCACCGUACGAAACAUAAAGAUGCGGUAUUGGAGAACAUCGAGAACUUUGCCAAACGCACAUCGAUAAGAAACCUCGGUCCCGAGAGUAAAAAGUUGAGCACGGAAGACCUCGGGGCAAUCUACGAUCGUUUCUACGAGGUUCUUUAUGAUCGUGAACAGAGACAAAAGCUCCUGUCUGACGAGCAAAAGAAGUUGGAGAAGAAAAAGGUUGAACGGUACUCGAUUCUUGGGCCUCCGGUUGAUGCUGAAGUUGGCCGGGUUGGGCUUGGCCCGAGUCCCACGCAUAUGGACUACGAUGCUUUCCGGGAAUUCCUGGCUGAAACUGCGCGCUGGGCAAUAGCAGAUUCCCCGGGACAGUCGAGAAAGCAAUCCAUGUCUGACCGCAGUAUGGCUAACAAUGGAAGUAUUCGUGGUCGAAGUUCAUCAACCUCCAAAUGGGGCGAGAAAAUCGAGCCGGCUGAUCAUGAGUUCAUGGAACGGCUGUACCGCAAAUGGAACACGGACGGUGCGGAAAGCCUGAGUCUUCAAAAUGUUGCUGUCGGAUUGGCAAAGCUAAAGGGUACGCGUGAUAUCAUGAACUCGAUCAACUACUUUUUUGAUUUGUACGAUGAUAGUGGAAACGGCCAGGUUGACCGAGAGGGUAUCCUGAGGAUUUCCGAAGCUUUACUCUUUCUGUCGCGAAGGGGUUUCGACGGCGCUAUCACUCCCAGUGAAACAGACGAUGUAUUGGAUGCUAGCCUUCCACUUGAACAGCGGGAUAGAGUGAAACUUAGCGUCGACGAGCGAUUCCUUGGAAGUGUUAGUUCUUUCAUCCGACGAUGCUUUGAAUAUGCCGACCCGAGCCAUCCCCAAAAUCAAGGUCAAAGUACCAGUACAGCCAACGAGGAGGAUGUCGAUAGUGCCGCCACCAAGUUGGACGCAUUUGAGAUUGGGGAUGACGAUGACGACGAAGACCUUAUCGAGGUGAAUGAAGAGAAGGAAGAAACAGAGACCGAAAAGGGCUCCCCUCCAUCGACUCCUCUUCAUAAACCCACCCGUGACUCGGUUGCCUCGCAUUCUUCUCGCCCAGAAGCGGCGAACGCUGCUCUUGAUCCAAACAAUCCUCUACACAUCACGCUCCCUACGUUUAGAAUGGUGGUCCUAGCGGAUGAGCUGCUGGAACAGUUCUUCGAGACGUUUUUCCCUCAGUCAUUCCGCUUGUCCGAUCGUCCUCACCCUGCUUCUCUGGCACCGUCCUCGUCUCUUUCAUCCAACCUCACGACAUUCUCUAACCUUGGAGCUGCACGUUCCACAUUCGGCUCGAUUUCUGGCGCAACGGCGGCUGGUGCAUCUGGCGGCAUCGUUCCUCCUACCAGAGGGCUACGCGGAGUGCUAGACAAUAUUGUGUCGGACGGAAUGCGGAUGGCAACCGAAGUGCGAAAGAGAAUGGAAGAAGCCCAACGAGAUAUGGAACGAAAUGCACUCAACCGUGGCGACGAGGAGGAAGAAGAGGACGACGACGAUGGCCGCAGUCUAGCUUCUUCAAGCGCAAUGGUUGGCGGCAUUUCGAGCUGGGGGGCCGGUGCAUAUGGCAUUGAUUCUGAACAGCGCGGCGUUCGCGACCGUGAUCGAGAUCUGUUGGAAGGCGCCGAGGCAGAGUCUGUGCCAGAUGACAAAGACACUCAUCAACCAUCCUCGCAGCCUAGCGAGUCGACAGAACCACCGUUGUUGUUCUCGUCGUCGUCGGCAUCGUCUGCUCCGAAACAGUCGGGCGAAGACCAGUUUGCCGCUCAUCUGCUCGACGUGCUCCCACUUUCCAGGACCACUGCCCCGGAGCUCUUGGUGCUAAAUCUCCAAGAAGUCGCGCCCAUAGCUUAUGCAUUUCUGGGCGGAUCCUUUUUGGUUCCGUACUUUGACGCACUCAAUGCUGCUGUCAAUGAUGCUGCCCAGAACCGGUGGCCAGAUGUCAAAUAUGUCAACUUGGUGACACACAACUGCGGUCUGACGGCGUUGCUCGUGUUUGCGCGUGCCGAUAUUGUCGAGGAUAUAGCAUGGUCUGAUACUGCAGAGGUUGGUGUUGGUGUCCAUGAGACGGGGAAUAAAGGUGCUGUUGGCGCGCGAUUGGGAUAUACGACGAGGGGGAAUGAGACUGUGGAUCUUACCUUUGUCGCGGCACAUAUCGCCCCUAUGGAAGAUGCGUAUGAUCAGAGGAAUCAGGAUUGGAAGAGUAUCGUUGAGCGUCUAGUGUUUACCAAGUCGGGAAACAACAACAACAGCAGCAACAACAGUACCCAGGGAGUGGAUGCUCAAGAAGGCCGAGAUGAUGAUGCAGACGAGGGUGCUAGCCUUCUUCUACGAGAAGAAAGCAGUCGCCAGUCAAACAUGUUCACUCCUAGAUCGCAUCUUUUCUUUGCAGGGGACCUGAACUAUCGCACGUCAGAUGCACCGCCAUCACCAGAAGACUAUGCGCGAUUCCCUCAGCCUGACGCGCCUCUUGACGACCCAGCCCAUCAUUCUCAAUUAUUUGCCAAGGAUCAGUUAACCCGGGAGCUACGUGCCCAAAACACCCUCCAUGGGCUCUCGGAAGCACCCAUAAAGUUUCCUCCGACUUACAAAUACUCCAGCAAGGCUCAAAGGGCUGCUGCCCUAGUGGAAGAUGAGCCCAAGGUCUGGCAGUGGGCGAGACAUCGCUGGCCGAGUUGGUGUGAUCGAAUCUUGUAUCUGGAUCUUCCGCCUUGGAUGAAGGAUAGCGGACGUGUAGAGGUCCAUGGCUAUGAUGCACUACCUCUCUUUUCUACGUCAGACCACCGUGCAGUAGCAUUAGCGGUAUCAGUUCCGCUAAAGCCGAUUCCUCAACCACCACCGUCGUCGUCAACUGACGAUGUUCGCCUACACCCGCCAUUUUCCAUUGAUCCACACUGGAAGGCUAAGAGGGAGACAGCGAGAACCAAAGAGAUUGUUGUUGGCGGGCUUUCAUAUCUCGCCUUGACACGAGAAGGAAACGGCUUCUUGCUGGCGGGCACAAUCGGUCUGAUUGGCUGCUGGUUUGUGCUUCAAUCACUUCUCCUAGGUGAUAUCUGA